CUCCUGUAACCACAACCCCUCACUGUGACAAACAGCACCUCAAACCACCUUCAAAGAGACCAGCAUCACCAGGGAGAAGUCAGCUGAAGCAGAGCUGGCUCAUCAUUAGGCACUGAUGACUUUGAGAGAAUGGAUAAAACCAGAGGGAACCAGUGGCAGACGCUGCUCAGGCUGCAGGGAGCACAGACGCUGAACAAAGGAGGAGAAGAUGGAGCCAAGGAUGAAAAGAAACAUCAAACCCCUCUGCCACUGAAGUUGAAAGUUAACUGGAAGGACUGGGUGGUCGACCCAGCAGAACAGUUUUAUUAUGUCUGGCUGCACAUCAUGAUCUUUCCCAUUGUCUACAACUUGGUGAUUAUUAUUUUAAGGACGUGCUUCGCUACAAUAGCCCUCAGCUACCUGCCCAUGUGGCUCACACUGGACUAUCUGUCAGACUUCAUGUAUAUGCUUGACAUGCUCAUCACUGUUCACACAGGCUACUUGGAUCAGGGCAUCCUAAUUAGGGACCUAGCUCAGCUGAAGAAGCGCUACCUCAGCUCUAAAGGUUUCUUAAGGGACGUUGCUUCCUUAUUGCCCACUGACUUCCUCUACUUUGUCUUUGGCAUCCAAAUCCCACUGGUGAGGAUCAACCGCUUUCUGCGUUUGCCACGUCUCAACGAGGCGCUGGAUCGCAUGGAGACGAUAACCUCCUACCCCAACACGUUCCGCCUCUCCAAGCUGAUGAUCUACAUCUUUGUGUUGACCCACUGGAACGCCUGUCUCUACUUCGCACUGUCCAGCUACAUGGGCUUCGGAAGAGAUGAGUGGGUCUAUCCCAACAUCACGGGUGAUUUUGCCACCAUGCGUCGCCAGUACUUCCACAGCUUCUGGUUCACUACAAAGAUCCUCACCACAGUAGGGGACAUUCCCAUGCCUGACACAGAAGAGGAGUUCUUGUUCAUGAUCGCAAACCUGCUCAUUGCUGUGCUCGUGUUCGCAUCAGUUGUUGGCAACGUCGGUAAUGUUGUCACGAACCUAAGGGACCGUGAUAAUAUCUUCUUCCCCAACCACGAGCUAGUGAAGGCAUAUCUGCGCAGUCAUCACGUAAGCAAGGAGCUGCGACAGCGUAUCGACAACUGGUACCAGCAUCUUCACAUAAACAAGAAGAUCAUACGGGAGAAUGAAAUCCUGCAGCAGCUCCCCGUGUACCUGAGGACGGAGAUUGCCGUCAGCGUUCACCUUCCGACACUCUCCAAAGUUACAAUCUUUCAGAAUUGUGAUAAAAGUCUACUGGAGGAACUGGUGCUUAAACUAACACCUCAGGUGUUCAGUCCAGGAGAGUACGUCUGCAGGAAAGGAGACGUGGGCCAUGAAAUGUACAUCAUAAAAGAGGGAAAACUUGCAGUUGUAGCAGAUGACGGGGUCACAGAGUUUGCUGUGCUGAGCGAAGGAAAUUUCUUUGGAGAAAUUAGCAUCCUCAACAUAAAAGGUAACAAGUCAGGCAAUCGUCGCACUGCCAACAUUAAGAGCAUUGGCUAUUCUGACCUUUUCAGCUUGUCCAAAGAAGACCUGACAGAUGUCUUAUCUGAGUUCCCUGCAGCAAAACGUCACCUGGAAGAGAAAGGAAGACAGAUCCUUACUAAGAUGGGCAUGCUUGAGGAAAGUGGGCAAGGAGAGGAAAGGGAGGAAGAGACCGUUGAAAACAAAGUAAAAAGGCUGGAGGAUACUUUGGAGGUCCUGCAAACAAAACUAGCUCGACUUAUAGUGGAACUAGAGUCCAGCAAUCGAAAGAUGCAGGCCAGGGUAGACCAGCUUCAGUGGGAGCUGGCAGCACCGGAGAGUCAGGCACCAGAAGAUGGGGCAAAUGACGAAGUAGCCCAGGGACGAGGGGAAGGGGUUGGAGGAGAGCCUGGAUGGGAACGAGAGGAAGCAGAGGGGGAGGAGGAGGAAGGUUUGGAUGCACAGAUAGAGGCACAGGGGCAGGCUGAGGGUGACAACGAUGUGACCAAAGAGGGAGAUGGAGAGAGCACUAAAAGUACAAAGGAAGAUCUGGAAGUGAUGAAAGAAGAUCAGUUUGGCCUAAAUUACCCAUACGAUCACAAAAAGAAAACAGGGGACGACACCCCACGGAAAGGAGACGGAGCCGAAAUUGAACCUGAAAAUGCGAAAGAGGAGGAAAGUGGAGAGAGAGGCUGUGAAGAUGGUAAAGAAGACUGACAAAAUAAAAUUCAACUUUUCAAACGAUGUUUUUGCUUUAUACCUCUAGAUGGAAGCAUUGCAUCCCCAACUGUUGAACGUAAACGUCUUAAUUUUUAAAUUAAGAGACAUUACGAUAUAAGUUAAUAAGUGGGCUGAAGUAUUGCACUGUUGUAUUUCUAUGUUUGUUCAGUUAACAUAUUAAAGUUUGACUUUAAUUUUUAAGAAAGUAUUCAGUGUCUGA